AUGAAUGAAUGGGAAAAAUGGCGGAAGAAUCCGGACCAGGUCAAAUUAUAUCAAUUUAUGUGGAAAGACAAUAUUCCUUUCCAUACUGUUAUGUUUCCUUGUUCAUUAUUGGGUACGGACGAAGAAUGGACUCUGUUGCAUCAUAUAACCACGACUGUAUUUGGUGACGAUGCAAAGGAUACUGAAAUACCUGUUUCUGUCUGGAGAUAUUAUUUAAUGUCAAGCCGUCCUGAAACAAGUGAUUUUAUAUUUACUUGGAAAGAAUUUAUUACUAGGCAUAAUACUGAAUUGUUGGCCAAUCUUGAAAAUUUUGUCAAUUGCGUUAUGAAAUUUGUCACUGCCAAAUAUGAUAGCACUAUCCUAUCUUGUGAUUCCGAAUCCGAACAAACACUUAUAAAGAAUAUCAAUAAUUUGUUGACAAAUAUAUUGAAGCACUAG